AUGCUGCUGGCGCUGGGCGUGACGCAGAAGCUCCUGAGAUAUCGGAUCCAUAUGAGUGAGUGUAGCCUCUUCUGUGUUGUUGCCUUUGUCUACCUCGUGGGCCGCUUCCAACCAGCCACCUGGGGGGGAGGAGGUGAAGACGGAGGCCAAGGCAUCGGAGGAGACCCAGAGAGGCUGAGUGACUGGGAAGAUGGGGGGGAGAAGCUCCAAACCUCUCAACUGGCGUUGCUGCUCACGACCAGCGUGGUGCAAUCCUUUGGGGAGACGGCGCGCGUCCGGGACGGCGCGCGUCGCAAUGGUGUUGCUGGGGUGGUCACGGUGCUGUGGCCGUUGCACCUGCGGAAGCUGCACUUGGGAUCGCAUGACCUCGCUUGGUUGCAGCUCUCAUCGCAGCUCUUAAUCAUCCUUAGCACCUUGGGGUAUCCCCCGCUCACGAGGCUGCUAGGCCAUCGCUUCAGCGCUUCAGCACUGCCGUUGCUGGCGUCGCUGUGCUCGGCGCUGGCGUUUCUGCAGCCGGAGCCCACGUGGUAUGGGCAGGCGGUGCACGUGGCUGCUGGGCGAAUUGUAGGGGUGAGUUAUAUAUAUAUAUAUACCUCUUUUGGAUUCUUUUGGGGCAAGAACGUGGCCAGCUUCAAAAGGAUUUCUGGGUUUGACUGGAGUAACUAGGCUCGAGGUAAUUCCAGGACAAGCCCUGAAAGUGAGAACGGCAUGAGAGCGCGAUUGCUGCAAUAGGCACUUUCCUUAAGCAAACGCGCACUUCUCUCAGGUGGAGCCAGACUUACUUCGCUCCUGGGUUCGCUUACACUUGGUGUUCUUGGUGUGGAUCGUUGGGAGUCUCUUUUUCGCUCCCCCUCAGCAGGUGGCUCACAGCUCAGGUGGCUCACAG